AGCCGUCCCUAGGGCCCGGGUUCCUCGACCGCUGGCUCAGCCCCGCGGCGCCCCGCCCGCCCCCCGCUCCCAGCGCCUGGGCAGGAAUAAAAGAUGAACAAACCCAUAACAGCAUCAACAUAUGUGCGCUGCCUCAAUCUUGGACUAAUUAGAAAGCUGUCAGAUUUUAUUGAUCCUCAAGAAGGAUGGAAGAAGUUAGCAGUUGCUAUUAAAAAACCAUCUGGUGAUGAUAGAUACAAUCAGUUUCACAUAAGGAGAUUUGAAGCAUUACUUCAAACUGGAAAAAGUCCCACUUGUGAAUUACUGUUUGACUGGGGCACCACAAAUUGCACAGUUGGUGAUCUCGUGGAUCUUUUGGUCCAAAAUGAGUUUUUUGCCCCUGCAAGUCUUUUGCUACCAGAUGCUGUUCCCAAAACUGUUAAUACACUGCCUUCUAAAGUUACUGUAACAGUUCAACAGAAACAUAUGCCCCUCUAUGGCAAAUACAGGACACCUGUGAUAUCUGAUGAGAAUACUGAACAAAACUAUACGCCACCUGACUCCUCGUGUCCAGAAAAUAGAAGUUUAGAAGUUACUGAUACACGUUUUCACAGUUUUUCAUAUUAUGAAUUGAAGGAUGUCACAAAUAACUUUGAUGAACGACCCCUUUCUGUCGGUGGUAACAAGAUGGGAGAGGGAGGAUUUGGAGUUGUGUAUAAAGGCUAUGUGAACAACAGGACUGUAGCAGUGAAGAAGCUUGCAGCAAUGGUUGACAUUAGUACUGAAGAACUGAAACAACAGUUUGAUCAAGAAAUAAAAGUAAUGGCAAAGUGUCAACAUGAAAACUUAGUAGAACUACUUGGUUUCUCAAGUGAUGGAGAUGACCUCUGCUUAGUGUAUGUUUACAUGCCCAAUGGUUCAUUGCUAGACAGACUGUCUUGCUUGGAUGAUACUCCACCACUCUCUUGGUGCAAAAGAUGCAAGAUUGCUCAGGGUGCAGCUAAUGGCCUCAGUUAUUUACAUGAAAACCAUCAUAUUCAUAGAGAUAUUAAAAGUGCAAAUAUCUUACUAGACGAAGACUUUACAGCCAAAAUAUCUGACUUUGGGCUUGCACGGGCUUCUGAGAAGUUUGCCCAAACAGUCCUGACAAGCAGAAUUGUGGGAACAACAGCUUACAUGGCACCAGAAGCUUUGCGAGGAGAAAUAACAGCCAAAUCUGACAUCUACAGCUUUGGUGUGGUUUUACUAGAAAUAAUAACUGGACUUCCAGCUGUGGAUGAACACCGUGAACCUCAGUUAUUGCUGGAUAUUAAAGAAGAAAUUGAAGAUGAAGAAAAGACAAUUGAAGAUUAUAUUGAUACAAAGAUGAAUGACAUUGAUCCCACUUCCAUUGAAACUAUGUACUCUGUUGCCAGUCAAUGUCUGCAUGAAAAGAAAAAUAAAAGACCAGACAUUAAGAAGGUUCAACAACUGCUGCAAGAAAUCACAGCUUCUUAAAACUUUACUGGAAUAGACUCUUGGGUUUUUAUAUACAGCUAUCUAAAUCAUUUUUUAAACUAAGAUUUUUUUGUAAGCAUUCUUCUUUACCUUUGACAAGGCAGCAUGAUGAAGUGCAGUGGUUAUUAAAGCUUGUGUAGAAGCCCCAAUAUAUAGAACAAACAAAAGUAGAGCCACUGUAGCAACACUUAGCCCUACUUUCACUCUGAGGUCUUACCGUAAUCCCUGAGAUCUCCUUGGAACCUUACCAAACACAGUAUGGAAACUCAGAAUUAACAAAAAAGAGGACUGAACUAUAGGGUGAAAAGACCCUGGGCUGAAGCCUGACUCCACUACUAAUUUUCUGUAAAGCUUUGGGCAACCUCUUAGCUGCUUUGAACCUUGGUUUUUUCACCUGUAACGUUGGACUAAUUAUCUACUGUGCCUCUCUGACAGGUAGUCAUGAAAAUCAAGUGAUGCAGAAUAUGUACAGGCACUUUGUAACUUGUAAAGUGAUAUAAAAUUUAAUGUUUACAUAAAUGAUUAUAAAAUCCUAUUACAGUCAUUUGUUUAUAGGGUCAUGUUCACAGUGUGCUAUUUUAAGCAAUCAUUCACCAUAAGCCAGUUAUGCCCUGAUGAUACUCCCAUGAUGAUAUGGCCAUUGUUAGAUUAUGUUAUAUGGGAAAUUUGAAAGCAUUUUGCAGAUGCAGUUACAGUCCCUCAUCAGCUGACUUUGACUGUCAAUAAGGAGAUGCUCCUUUGGGGGCUGGACCUAAUAAGGUGAGCUUAGAAGAGCUUACAAGAAGUCCAAGAGAUUCUCCUGUAGGCCUUGAGGUAAGCUACCAUGUUGUAGGAAGGCCACAUUGGCUAAGAUCUAUGGGUGGCCUUUAGGAGAUGAAAGCUAUCUUCCAGCUAUCAGCCAGCAAGACAAAAUUGGAACCUUCAUUGUACAGCCUCAAGAAACUGAAUUCUUCCAACAACCUAAAUUAGCUUAAAAGAGUGCUCCAAACUUCAGAUGAUACCAUAGCCCCCGCUGACACCUAAAUUUCGGCCUUGUGAGAACCUCAGUAGCAAACAUGGACUUCUGUGCCUGGACAUGCAGAAUUGUGAGAUAAUAAAUAAGUUGCUAUAAGCCACCAAGUUUGUGGUAAUUUUUUAUGCAGCAAUAGAAAAUGAAUACAGAUAUUCUCAUGAUGAUUCUCCAACAGGGAUACCCCAUCAUGUUCACAGGUUCUGUCCACAAUACCAAGUAUCUGCAAUUAUUCAUUCAUUCAAUAAUCUUGGUAUCAUUAGUUCUUUCAUUAACACACUCAAAACAAGAGUAUGUAGAGUGAGCUAUAGUAGAAGAUGAUCAUCCUCUAUAUUGUACUGUUUAGACCUUCCUAAAUGCUUUCUUGGGAAACAGAGAUAGUAUUGUUUUCAAAUCACCUUUAUAAACUAAGCAUUUAAGCAAAAAACAUUUGCUAGUUGAAAAGCAAAAUAAAUAAAAUGACUUGGUCACAUUAAUCUCAACAGGAACUCACAUAAUUUGAGGCACAGUAUGGCUUAUAACCCUGAAAAUAAUAAUGUUAUUUUAAAAUAUAAUGAGGGACUUCCCUGGUGGUCCAGUGGUUAAAACUCCAUGCUCCCAAUGCAGGGGACACGGGUUCGAUCCCUGGUUGGGGAACUAAGAUCCCUCAUGCCCCGUGGCAUGGCCAAAUAAAAUAAAAUUAUUAAAAAAAAUUUUUUUAAUAAAAUAUAAUGGGGCUUCCCUGGUGGCGUGGGGCGGCCCAUGAGUUAACUAUUACUUGAAAUAAAAGCAUAUAUGUAAAAUGCCAUGGAUGUAGCUGUGGUUAUGGUCUGUGACCAAACCAUAUUAAAAAUUUUUAAAUGAGUAACCUGUUUCAUUGAUUUUGAAAAUUUCACAGUAUAAUUUGGUAGAUGUUUCCAUUCCAUCAAAUGGAAUUGAUAUCAGACUUUCCAAAAUUAGGCAUCGCUUCUCUCUCAGGAUAAGACUGUACCUUAACUCUUUUGAGAGCCACAAUACAGUCAAUCCAAGAUUCCAAAGCAAGAUUCCACACGGUUUCAUGCCUGAUGGUGUGUGAUGCAUUGUGGACCCUUGAACUUGUGUGACUCACUUAACUCUAGGAAUGAACAGCAGGGGGGUUGCCCUCAGCUUGCAGCUGAGCAGGACUUGACUAAAGUUCUGAGGACAAUAAUGUACAGGCUCUUUUCACUGUUUCCUCAAGGCAGAAUUUAAUGGCCUGUGGCAUGGAUCGAGAAAAUAUGAGAAAUGAUUAACAAGGACCUAGAAGAACUAAAAAACAAACAGUGAUGGACAACACAAUGAAUGAAAUGAAAAAUACACUAGAAGGAAUCAAUAGCAAAAUAACUGAGACAGAAGAAUUAAUAAGUGAGCUGGAAGACAGAAUGGUGGAAAUGACUGCCAAGGAGCAGAAUAAUUAAAAAAGAAUGAAAACAGGGCUUCCCUGGUGGCACAGUGGUUGAGAGUCCGCCUGCCGAUGUAGGGGACACGGGUUCGUGCCCCAGUCUGGGAGGAUCCCAAAUGCCACGGAGCG